UUAAACGUAAAAACUUAAUGUUUACGACUGUGAAUAAGUUUAUACAUAACAGGAAGAAUGGAAAACAUGGCAAGAAACGUUCUGGCGUUCGUGUUUCCAGUUUUAUAUUUAUAAUAAUGUGUUCCUGUUAUCAUUUAGUCUUUUUUUCUCUAAUAGGUUUUUUUUUAAUAUUUGCUGAAAGUAAGCAAAAACCAGAGCAGUUCACCACUCUUCUUAAAAAUGUUUUACUUAAGAAGUUUGGCCAUUCUAUUCGAAAAAGAUCAAAUGAAAAAAAUGGUUACAUUAAUAAUAUGGAUAACAAAAUAGAUGCAGUCAAUGCCAGAAUUUUAAAUGGAGUGAAUCAUAAAAAUAUCAAUCAUAUUUUAGUAACGAUUUUAUCCUUAUCACUUGACAACUUUUUAUCAAUUGAGUCUGAGUUCUUUAGAGAUAUUGAACAACAUGUUGCUAAUGUUAAGUGUGAAGUUUCAGAAGUCAGUGCAUUAAAUCCAACCAGUGUUUUGAUCUAUUGGUUUUGCUAUUAUCAAAAUAGUGAAAUUGCAAAUCCAAAAUGGAAUCAUAUGUUUGUACCAUCACACAAACUAGAAAGGUUGUUAACAAGUGGAGAGAUGAGGGGAUUCCUCCAAAAAUAUAAUGUUACAAAAUUUUAUCAAAAGGAAGAAAAAUUAAGAUAUAACCCUACUACCUCCACUUCUAAAGAACAUUGGUAUCUUAUGACUGUAGUUGCUUUAACUUCAACAAUAGUUAUUAUAUUGGCUUCUCUUCUUGUAAUUUGUUGUAAACGAGAAAAAAAAAACCACGUUGUGUUAAAAGAAUCAUUUAAUGAAAAUGAUACUGUUUUAAAAAAAGAAAGGAACAAUUCAUUUGCAACUUCUCCUAGGAAAGUGGCAUUCUCAUAUUCUCCUAAAAAAACCUCCACACCCGUAUUUUCUUUUUCAUCUCCACUUAAAACAGUAGAUAAAGUAAUUCUUCCUGUUCAAAGUCCUAUAGAAAUGGCUGGUCCAUUCACUGUCCAACCACAGUUAGACUUAUUAUACCCUGCAAAACCAGGAUUUUCUAUGAAAUGGUCAGAAAAUAGCUCACUUGGUGGAAAUGGAAGCAAAAAUAAAAGUUUGUUUCAAUCCAGGAGAGGUUCUUCAGCAUCUUUAGUUAUUACACUUUCUCCUCGAACACCUGAUGCAGAGGAGUCUUUUAUAAUGCAUGAAAGUCCUACAGAAGAAAUAUUAUUGCGUAAAAGUCGUUGUAUAAAGUAUAGAGAACUCUGCAAAUUAAAAGACAAUGAUAAAGAACUUACUGAAGAAUUUUGGAGCAUACCUCCGAAUACUAUAUGUCGAAGAGAAAUGCAAUUAAAAAACAGUUUAAAGAAUAGAUAUCCAGAGAUCUUACCAAAUUCUCGCUCAUUGGUGCGUUUGAAAUCAUCUGACAAUUCUUCAGUUUAUAUAAAUGCUAACUUUAUAAAGGGAUAUAAUGGAGAGCCUAAUCAGUUCAUUGCUACACAAGGACCAUUGUUGGCUACUAUUGAAGACUUUUGGCUGAUGAUAUGGCAGUAUAACUGUUCUAUUAUUGUGAUGUUGACAAAAUUAAAAGAAAGAAAUAAGGAAAAGUGUGUUCAAUAUUGGCCAUGUCCUGAAACUGUUUCACAGCAGAUCUAUGGUGAUAUUACUGUUACAUAUGACUCUGAAAUUGAUCGCCAUGGGUACAAGAUUAUGACAAUGUACAUAUCCCAUAAGGGUAGCGAUGAAACUAGAAAAGUAGUUCAUUUCUGGUUUACAUCAUGGCCAGACCACAAUAUACCUAAGAAAUGUCAUCAAAUUGUUUCUCUUGUAAAAGAAGUCCGUAAUAUUCAAACGCAACAGGGUGCUCCCUUAGUUGUACAUUGCAGUGCUGGACGUGGUAGAACUGGUUGCUUCAUUGCUCUUUUUCUUGGAAUGUCUCAAAUUGAUGAAGAAAAAGAAGUUGACGUUCUCAAAAUUGUUAGCCAAAUGAGAAUGGAAAGAGGAGGAAUGGUUGAUAAAGAUCAGCAGUACGUAUUCAUUUAUAAAGCUUUGUUUGAGUAUUGGUCUUGCAAGAACCACAAUUCUUCUUCAGCAUCCCCUUUACUAUCCACUAAUAACGCUUUUACGAACUUUGAUAGUGAUUCAGAUUUAGAAUCCUUUGUCGGUUAAAUAAUAAUAGAUAUAGAACAAAUA